AUCGUUUCCGCGACUAUUCGUUCAAGUUCAGUGAUAGAGGAAACUGUGGUCGACCGGUCAGAGAUUGUAUUGCUGCAGCACCGUAAGCUUUAAAAAGUAACAUAAUUUUCUAUUGACGAAAUAGUUGCGUGUAUCAAAAAAAAACUUACAAUUAUUAACUGUGCUUGACUUCGUGUAUGGUGGUUUUUUGUUUGUCAUCAUUAUUAAAAUUUCUGCAAUAACGAAAAUGACUCUCAAAGUUCCUGAUCCAGAAGAAAGCCAAGGAACGCUGCAACGCGGAAAAAAAUUACCACAGUACAUUGCUGCACUUUCAGUAUGUCUUGGAUCAGUAGCUGCCGGUGGCAUGAUGGGAUGGACGUCUAACAUUGAACAAGAACUCACAAGUGGUGAACUAAAUGGAGUACAGUUAACAGAUUUAGGAUGGGUUGGUUCAUUAGCAACCCUUGGUGCAUUAUUUUCUUGCUUUUUUAUUGGAAAAAUGUGCGAUUUUCUCGGGAGGAAGGUAGCCAUGUUGUCUUUAGUGAUUCCGUUUACCUUGGGUUGGCUCCUUAUAAUAUUCGCACAAAAUGUGGCGAUGUUAUUGGUUGGAAGAUUUGUGACUGGCUUUGCUGGUGGUGCAUUUUGUGUGUCAGCCCCUCUUUAUACAAGCGAAAUAGCAGAAGUUGAGAUCAGGGGAACCCUUGGGAGCUACUUCCAGCUUUUAUUGACCGUUGGUAUUCUCCUGGCGUACAUUCUCGGUUCAUUUUUACAUCCAAUACCGUACUCUAUUGUUUUGGCCAUUAUACCCCUUGUGUUUGGCAUAGUAUUUUUCACACAACCGGAAACUCCAGUGUACAGAAUGAAGCAGGGGAAGGAAGAAGAAGCUCGUCAAAGCCUGCUUCGACUCAGAGGUCCUCAAUACGAUGUUGAUGCUGAAAUAAAAGAAAUAAAGCGUAUGCUCGAAGAAGACGAGAAACGCAAGGUUCCAUUUUUCCAAUCGUUCCGUAAAAGGGAGACCGUUGUUGCAACUGUCAUAUCGUUUGGGUUGAUGUUCUUCCAACAGGCGAGCGGCGUUAAUGCCGUUAUCUUUUACACUUCCAACAUAUUUAAUGCUGCUAAUGUACAGUUGGAUAGCAAAAUAGCAACAAUUAUAGUGGGAGUAAUGCAAGUAGUUGCUACAUUCAUAUCAUCCCUUGUGGUUGAUAAAUUGGGAAGACGUCUUCUGCUAAUAGGUUCGAUUGGAUUAAUGAGCAUCUCUAUUCUUCUUUUAGCUGUUUACUACUCUCUAAAUGACAGACUUGAGGAUAAUAGUAUUGCACGAUCCAUAAAUUUUAUUCCAGUCAUAUGUCUGUGUGUCUUUAUUGUUGCCUUCUCUUUCGGUUUUGGUCCAAUUCCAUGGAUGAUCUCGGCAGAAGUGUAUCCAGAAGAAGUAAAGAGUACCUUGAGUUCAGCAGCUGGUGUCUUCAACUGGUUUAUUGCAUUUUUAAUUACCAGAUUCUACCCUGACAUGCAGGCUUCUGUUUUGGGAGGAGAUGGAACGUUUUAUGUCUUUGGCGGUGUUUGUGUUGCUGGAGCAAUAUUCUGUUUAACGUACGUACCUGAGACUAAAGGAAAAUCACUAGAGCAAAUUCAAGCCGAAUUAAGAGGAGAGAAAUUUUCCGCCAAUACCGACAAAUCAGGGAUUGAUAAUCCCAGUUUUUCUUAAAAGAUAUGUGAAAUUUUCGAUGUAAUAUUUUCCUAUCGGUAUAGCCCUAUUUAUUAUUACACUUUCUUAAGAUAAGAAAGUGAAUUGCUGUGUAGGGACCAUUAAAAUGGUGCUUUGUAAGAUAAUUGAUGUGUAUGUGUAAAUUGUUUUUUAUUUAAUGAUAUCCAAAAAUAUGUUUUCGUCUAUUUUAUAUAAUAGGACAUAAAAAUUGAAACGCAAAAGGCUGAUCAUUUAAACUGAUAAAUAAAAACAAUGCUCCAAUUAGUGUUAUUCGAUCUGAAAUUUGUAAUUUGAAUCAAAUAUUUUUGAAAUUUCAAAAAUUCGAGUUAUUCGAAAAUUUUCCAAAUACUUCCAAUCUUUAAUUAUAAAAUAAAUGUAUUAAUUGUGCUUAUACGACAACGAAUUGUACCUACUGUAAUUUUAUAAUAAGUAUUUGUGUAAUCAGUUACCAGAAAUGUUUGGUUCGAUCUAUCCUAUGCAAGGAAACUGAUUAAAGCUUAUAAGCUAA